UCGUCGCGCUGUCUCAAGAGUCACGUGGCGGCAGGGACCGAAAAGCGACGGGGACGCCGUUUAAGGUUGGUCGGUUAAAGUGUUCAAUGCCGGAAGCGAGUGGAGUGGGCUGGCAGUUCAUAAUAUUUUGGAUAUCAUGGCAGAUGAUUUGAAAAGGUUCCUGUAUAAAAAACUACCAAGUGUUGAAGGACUUCAUGCUAUUGUAGUAUCAGACAGAGAUGGUGUGCCAGUAAUGAAGGUUGCCAAUGAUAAUGCCCCCGAGCAUGCUCUUCGACCUGGUUUCUUGUCAACAUUUGCGCUUGCGACAGAUCAGGGCAGCAAGCUUGGGCUUUCCAAAAACAAAAGCAUAAUCUGUUACUACAACACUUACCAGGUGGUUCAGUUCAAUAGACUUCCCUUGGUAGUGAGUUUUAUUGCCAGCAGCAAUGCCAAUACAGGACUGAUUGUAAGCCUGGAAAAAGAGCUUGCUCCCUUGUUUGAAGAGCUGUGGCAAGUGGUGGAGGUCUCCUAGCUCGAUAUUUAGGUCCAGAGUGCAGCAUCUCUUCAAUAUCAAACUGGGAAAGAUUCGGUCAUUUUCACACUGUAUAAUGAAUGUCUUGGAGAAAAUGUCACUUUCUCUUAUUGUAUGUUAAAAACUAUACUGGACUGAAAUGUAAGGUAAGAUUGGGAUAAAUGGGCCGUAGCUGUUCCUCUAUGUCUUAAGUUGCUGGGUAUAUUAGUGAGCAUAACAACUCCCAUGGAGUUAACUUCAUGCUAGCACACACUUCAUACCAGGAAAGAUACUUUUUGUGUAUAACAUGCCAUCCACAACUUUUUCACUGUCCAAGCAAUACAUUGCCUCUGUCUAUAGAUAAACUGAGACUAGUGCAAACAUACAUUUUGCAGUCAAAUCUUCCUUUUAUGCUUAGAAGGAGAACAUUAUGGGGAAAAGUUAUGUUAAUGCUGAUAUGCAAUCAAUGACUCUUUGUUUGGAUAGCAGAAUGUUAAGGUUCAAGAUUAAAAAAGUAGCUACAUGCUAGCUGUUUUUGAGAGGUCAAAUUAAUCAGUGUGUUCUCUUUCUGUAUUCUUUAUAAAACUGAUGAUUUGAAUACAUGUAAUUAUGGUACUUUGCUGACUUAUAUGGCUUUAUAUGUUCCUAAGCAAAUCUGAAUAAAAGAAACAGACAA